CCAUUGAUUUCUCUAUUAGAAACCCUCCCCAAACCCUAACCCUAACCCUAAAAAGAUUGAUGACGAUGAUCGUUAAUCCUUUCUGUCUCUCCAAUCUUUGAUCGAGGUCCUACAAAUUUUUAUUAUUCCUUUUUCACCAGAGGAAUUUCAGAACCGAAACCUUCGAAGCUGCUGCGUUUUUCUUUGAAGAUCGAUCGGUGGUUGGAUUUUCUGUUGAAGACUACUUUUGGUUCGAGUUUUAGUAGAUCUGGAUCAGCGGAGAAUUUAUUAAAUCCGAGCUAAUAAAACAAUACAAGAGAUCGUGUGAAUUUGUCGAGUGUCUAUGGCCAAGUGGAUUUUACAUAAUUCAUUUUGAUUUGCCCUGAUAUAUUUCGGAACUUCUGGAUUCGCUUACAAAUUGUGAAAAUUCGGCUAUUUUUUGAUAAAAUCCUGGAGAAAUUGCCAGAAUAGAUUUGUUGAAGAGAGAGCUUCGGAUUUUGCAUCGCCGAAGUAUCAGGAGUUUGGUUCUAUUUCUUUUAGAAUAAGAAAAAAAUGAAGAUUUUUUUUUACAGUUCAAUUUUGUUUUUGUUUUCUUACCAGGCCUUUCUUUGAAGGCCAAUAAAUACUUUGAUUACAUUUUUUUAGUUAAUCAUCAUCAUCAUCAUCAUCACUGUUUUUCUCUAUUAAGAGGAAAAAGAAAAGAAAAAUGGCUGUUUAUUACAAGUUUAAGAGUGCAAGAGAUUUUGAUUCAAUUGCCAUGGAUGCUCCGUUUAUAAGCGUUGGUACUUUGAAAGAAAAAAUAUUUGAAUCAAAGCACUUGGGCAGGGGUACAGACUUCGACCUCGUUGUCACUAAUGCCCAAACUAACGAAGAAUAUCUUGAUGAAGCAACGGUAAUCCCAAAAAAUACUUCUGUACUAAUUCGCCGGGUUCCUGGAAGGCCUCGCAUGCCCAUUGUUGCUGCUCAAGAGCCUAAGGUGGGAAAUCAUACUGAAAAUGUUCAACCUGAAAAGAUUAACUUUCUGGAUGCCGAGUCAUCUGCCCCAAAAUAUCCCGAAGAAACUGAAUGGGAUGAAUUUGGAAAUGAUUUAUAUUCAGUCCCUGAUACGAUGCCAGUUCUGUCUAGCAAUCCAGUUCAUAAUGCUGCCCCCACUAAUAAAGCUGAUGAAGACGACAAGAUUAAGGCUUUAAUUGAUACUCCUGCCUUGGAUUGGCAGUGCCAAAGUGUGGAUGGUUUUGGACCUGGUAGAGGCUUUGGAAGGGGUAUGGGUGGAAGGAUGGGAGGGCGUGGUUUUGCUCAAUUAGGAUUAGAGCGGAAAACACCUCCUCAGGGUUAUGUUUGUCACCGCUGUAAGGUUCCAGGGCAUUUUAUUCAGCACUGCCCCACAAAUGGUGAUCCAAACUAUGAUAUCAAAAGGGUAAAGCCUCCAACUGGAAUUCCAAAGUCGAUGCUGAUGGCAACUCCAGAUGGCUCUUAUGCAUUGCCAAGUGGAGCAGUUGCAGUUUUGAAACCUAAUGAAGCUGCUUUUGAGAAAGAGAUUGAGGGCUUACCUUCCACUCGUUCUGUUGGUGACCUUCCACCUGAAUUUCACUGCCCAUUGUGCAAGGAAGUAAUGAAGGAUGCUGUUCUAACUAGCAAAUGCUGUUUUACGAGUUUUUGUGAUAAAUGUAUAAGGGAUCACAUUAUCUCAAAAUUAGUUUGCGUAUGUGGGGCUUCCAACAUACUCGCCGAUGAUCUUCUGCCAAAUAAGACCCUAAGAGAUACAAUUUAUCGUAUAUUGGAGUCUGGUAACAGCAGUGCUGACAAUGCUGGAAGCACUUUUCAAAUUCAAGAUAUGGAAUCCACCCGAUGUCCACAUCCAAAAAUUCUGUCUCCUACUACAUCUGCUGCAUCAAAGGGAGAGCAGAAGCCAGUAUCUGCUAAGGAAGAAUGCCCUGUUGUGAAUGAAAAAGCUUAUGAGGUGAAGGCAGCUAUUCCUCCACAGCAGGCCUUGGAGAAAGUUAAGGUUGUUAAACCUGCUGAUGCAUCUGAGGCUACGCUGGAGUCAAUGAGUGUGAAGGAAUCUGCAUCACAAGGGAGUGCCCUGCUUGCAGAGGAAGAAGUGCAACAGAAGGCAGCUUCUGGAGAGGCAGGAAAGAAAAAGAAAAAGAAGAAGGUCCGUUUGCUAGCAAAUGACUUGCAUUGGAAAACCCCUCAGGAUCUUGCAGCUGAGAGCUAUAUGAUUUCUAUGGGUCCUUCAGUCUAUAACCCUUACUGGACUGGUAUGCAGCCAGGAAUGGAUGGGUUUAUGGGUCCUUAUGUUGGUGGGAUGCCUUAUAUGGGGGGAUAUGGACUAGGUCCACUGGACAUGCCAUUUGGAAGUGUCAUGCCUCCAGAUCCUUUUGGUGCUCAAGGGUACAUGUUUCAUCCUCCCCCAUCUCAAAGAGAUCUUGCUGAGUUUGGAAUGGGUAUGAAUGUUGCCCCACCAAAUAUGAGUAGAGAGGAAUUUGAGGCUCGGCAAGCUGAUUUGAGGAGGCGGCAUGAAAAUCUGAGAGGAGGUGAAAGGGAUUUCACCAGAGAUCGGGAAUUCAAUAGAGAAGUGAGUAUCUGCAGUGAUUUUUCUUUAUUGAAAUCAAAAUAUAAGCCUACCCCACAAAUGUUAGGUGGUGAACGUCGCCAUGAGUAUCCUCGUCUCCAAUCAGAGAGGAGCUCACAGGAACUUUCCUUGUGGGACCAUGAAGCAACUUGCUGUCCUUCAAAGAGAAAACCUGACCAACAUACUGAACGUGAUCGGGAUCACGGUCGUGAUCACAAUCAUCACCAUCGAUCCGAGUCUUCGAAGCUUGCCCCUGAAACAGUCACCAAAUCCACUUCCACGACUGCUGCAGCAACAAUGGAAAAGACCCAAAAGUCGAGUGUGUUUUCUCGCAUUAGCUUUCCAGAACACAGCAAGAAACACAUACAAUCUUCGGAUGCACCUGCAUCUUCUGGUCAUCACAAGUCAACUUCCAAUGGAUACAAGGCAACUUGUGUUAGUAGCAGUGGUGGUAGGAAGAACAGUCGGAGCAAUGCUGUAGAUCAGGAAUGUAGUGAUGAUGAUAGACAUUUCAAAAGGAAGACAUCAAGGAAUUCGCGCUCACCAUCAACGGAGUGGAUAGAGCAAUCGCGGCACUCAAGAGGAUUCAAGGAACGAGAGCGCAGCAGCUAUAAUAAACAUAGAUAAGAGUGAAAAUAAGAGUUUGCAUCACUGUGAAUGCCUACGAAGCUAUCGUGAGCGAGCACACUGAAGCUAUUGGAAUCCCUUUUGGACCUUUUAUUGCAUUAUAUGCUUACAAUUAUAAUAUAAUAUAAAAGCUUUUUGCUUUCCCUGCA